AUGCACCCCAAUACCUUAGCUAACAACGCUAGAACCAAUACAUUACCUCGCGAUUACGAGCGUAUGAUGCAGAAGAUAAUGUUUCGGAUCGGCCCGACCACUCUUUCAACCAAGAAGAUUAAGCCCAUGCUGAUGAGUAAGCGUGAAAGGAAAUUCAGUGAAGAAGCGCGCUUAUCCACACCGCAGGGUCGCGAGAUCAUGUAUCGCCGUCUACUGGACGGCAAAAAGAACCUUGUACCCUUUGGGAAAUAA